UGGCUGCAAGGCAGCGGAGGUAUAAAAUCAGAGUUUUCCAUUUGCCUAGGCCGGGGGUCGGCAACCUGCGGCUCCCGAGCCAUUUGUGGCUCUUUCACCUCUGUGCUGCGGCUCCCUGUGGCUUUGGGAAAUAAUUGGUCAGUAUUUAAUUAAAAUGUAUUUUAUGUUAGUUUGUUAGCUUUUGAAAUGUAAUUAUGGUGAUCUUGUACAUUUCCUGCCACAUCCGAAACGGCUCACAAUUAGCCGGCAUUCCGGCUAAGGGAGAUAGCCUACGGGGGUUUGUGAGUACGCGUCUUUUGCAGCAUCUGCGUCCAUGGGGGCUGGGUUGAGGGAGGCUUAAAAGCAAGGCUGUUUAGUUCGAAUAAAGCUAUCUUUGACUGCAGUUUACUGACACCGCUACAACGUGUUUUUAUCGCUGGCUGUCCAGACGGAAGGUGCUGAAACGCUUUGUCGCGUGUCUGGAAGAAGUGAAAACUUUCCUGGGCAGCAAAGGGCUCACCUUUCCUGAGCUGGAACAGCCAGAGUGGCUGGAAAAGCUACACUUCAUGGUAGACAUGACAGCGCACCUGAACACGCUGAACACAGCUCUUCAGGGGAAAGGACGUACAGCCCUGCACAUGUUGGAGGAUGUUUUGGCAUUCGAGCGCAAGUUGACAGUGCUUGCCAGAGAUUUACAGAAAGGCACUUUGUCUCACUUCCCCAAUUUGAGAGAGUUCAAACAAGGUCACGACAUGAUAAUUUCGGAGUAUUUACAUUCUGCAAUCAUCGCAAUGCAAACAUCGUUUGGGAAACGCUUCUGUGAGUUCAGAGAGGAAAAAAACACAUUAUCCUUCCCGGUCACUCCCUUAAGCAUCGAUCCUUCCCUACUGAAUACGACUGCAUUGGCAGGUGUGAGUCAACCUGAUCUUGAGAUGGAACUGGCCGACAUAGCCGACAAAGACAUAUGGGUGUCCAAGUUUAGACGCUUGACAGCAGACCUUGAAGAUGUUGCCCGUCAGAAGGCCGUUCUUGCUCAGAAACACAAAUGGAGUGAUAUUGAAAACCUCACAGAUGACAGCUUGCGAUCCUGUGUAAAGAUGAAGGUGACAUCAUACAGCCCUGAUGUGCAGACGCUGUGCGCUGAGGUCCAGGAGCAGAAAUCCCAUUAACCAAGAUGACAGCUGGCUGACGUUAUUUUUGGUUUGCUGCUGGCGGAAAAUUUAAGUUCGGCGUUUUUCAUAAAUACAAGAAGGAC